AUGCGCAAGUGCUUCUUCCCCAUGUCGGACUACACGUACGACAUGCUCUCCGAGGCAGAGUCACUGGGUUCUGAGGCACUCUCGCUUGGCUCGUCUGCUGGCUCGGAGGCACUCUCGCUUGGCUCUGAAGUGGCAGCGGGUGGUGGUGAAGGCCUGAGAGUUGGCAAGCAUGCAUUGAGGGCUGGCAAAGUGGCUUUUAUUUCAAAGGCCAAUGAUGUCAAGGAUUAUCUCGAGUCAGAGGCUGUGCAAGACAAGGCUGAUGUGGCUUGGGCAGAGUCGGCAGCAGCGUAUGAUGUGGGCAAGAAGAACUUGAUCAAGAUGGUGGAGGGCGUUGGAGCAGCGACGAGCUCGUUUGGUAACUUUGACUUUGCCGUCAAGUUCGACUUGUUCCGGGACUUUUUCCAGAUCAUCGGCCUCUUCUUUGCCGGCAUUGAGUGGCCCGACUCGUUCCGCGAGUUCUUUGGCUCCAUCUUUCGUGUCUUCUCGCUCACGCUGCCCGACCUCAUCACCGUCGAGCCGUCUGUUGUCCAGAACAUCUGGUUUUGGUUCCUCUUUCUCUUCUCCAUCUCGCUCUUCUCGACCAUUGUCCGCGCCCGGGUCACCACCGACGACAUCCGCGAGGGCCUCGAGGCCCGCCACUGGGUCGACUCGUCUAAGCGCAAGCGGUUGACGGUCCAGAUUGUGCUCACCAUCCUCACCACGCUCUUCAUGCCGUGUACCGAGGUUGCUCUCCGCAUCAUGGUGUGCGACUCGGAGUGGAUCACUGCGUUUGACUCGUGCUACUCGGUCCAGCACAUCAUGUACAUUGUUGCUGCCGUCGUCAUGUUCGUCAUCAUCUCCAUCGGCCUUCCUGUCGCCUGCUACCUCCUCAUCCAGUCGUACAAGCCCAUUCCGCGCAUCUACAACGCCGAAGGCCACCGCGUGCCGUACGCGCUCCGCAAGACGGUCUACCGCAACGAGCUCAGGCGCGACAAGACCCCGUACUCGUUCCUCUACUACGGCUACGAGCGGUCGUGGGCCCACUACAAGGUCAUCAUCAUGGGUGUCAAGCUCAUGCUUGCCGUCCUCAUCAUCACUCUCUCGCGCAACAACGCCAUCUACGAGGGCCAAUCGCGCGCGCUGCAGGUGAUCCAGAUCUCGGGCGUUCUCCUCGUCAUGGUUGUCUUUGCUGCCGUUGCCUUCCGCAUCUCGCCGUUCCUCCUCCGCGAGAACGAUCUUAUUGAUCGCUGCGGGCGUGUGACCUCGGUCCUCACGGCGUUCAUCGGCUUCAUUCUUGUCUUUGACGUGUGGGACGAGUCCAAUUGGGGCAUUGUCCUCAACGUCCUCCAUGUCCUCAACCUGCUCUUCAUGGCGCUGCUCUUCUUUACCGGCGUCUCGUUUUUUGCCAAGUGCUGCAAGAACACGUUCAAGAUGCUGACCUUUACGCCUGACCCGCGCAAACCCUCGCGGGACCUGUUCUUUUCGCCCUCGCUCAACCUCCUCACCGCCCGCAAGCAGCGGAUCUGGCACGAGUUCUGGGACGGGCUUUUCAUGGUUCAUGACGAGUUCAAGCCGCCCGAGUCACAAAAGUGGGCAUUUGCCCAGCCUUCGGUGACCAACACCAAGCGAGCCAUCCGCGAAGCCUCUGACUCGUACUCGUCGACGUCAGAGUCGGACGGCCGCGCUGCGCGCCCGGCCAGCGCAUCGCUCUUUGCCGAUGCCGCCGCCAAGCAGUCGGACAUUACAGCCGCCGACACUGCGCCGUACCUGCAGAACUUUCAGGGUACCGUCGGUGAGCGGCACUUUGAGAACAAGCGCAUUGUCGAGGUUGUCGGCUUCCAUGCCUAUGAGCACGCCGUGCUCGACUCCAACUCGGACAGCGCGCUCCAGAUCCAGCACGACGUGCUCAAGUACAUUGUCGGCCUCGACGUGUACUACGAGGGCAUGCCCGAGGACGGCGAGCUCGACUCGUUCACUUGCUUUGGUCGCGCCUACGCCCUGCCGUUCCCCUUUACGGUCGUCAUGGUGUAUGACGACGACGACGACCAUGUGUUCCUCCGCGAGCAGGCCCGCCUCCGCGAGUUUAUCGACCAGAAUCGGUUCUCGGAAAUCAUGCGUCGCCGGUACCUCCGGACCCGCAUCCGGGCCCUCGACGGCAAGAUUGUGUACUUUUUCCACAAGGCCCGCAUCCAGAAGUGGAAGGAGGAGCGGCGCGGGUCGACGACCAAGCGCUUCAAGGUCUUUGUCGACUUUAAGUUCCGCCGCGGCAAGCUCCGCAUCACCGGAUACAAGCGCAAGAACCCGUUCCAGACCUCGGACGGCGCCAUCCUCAACAUGUCCGAGGGCUUUGGCUUUACCAUUGCUUACCAAGACGGCGAGGGCGACGACGACGCAGGCGGCCACUGGACCGAUGAGCCGCUUCUCCUCCGCGACACGGACUUUGGCCACAACAAGCGCAACGAGUUUGAGGAGACCAAGAAGAUCCAGCGGCUCCUCUACCACGUCGACAACCAGGCCAUCUGGAAGCCGCGGCACAAGAAGGUGCUCCGGGCCUUCCACGACUACCGGCGGCACUGGCUCAACGAGUUCCGCCACAAGGCCUCCACGCUCUCGUACGAGUUUCACUACCACAUCUACAACUCGUCGUACGUGCCGUACAAGAAUCUCGUGGCCUACCUCCGCAACUACGAGCAGAACGAGCUUCUUCGCACUCUUCCGGAGCGCCACGCCACCGGCCUCCGCCUCCUCUACGAGCGACUGCGGUUCUUCGACGCCCACCCCGGCAACGCCGUCUGGUUUGUCUUUUGGCACGACCUGUGGGCCAACAACUCGUCGUUCUCGGCCUUUGAGGAAGCCGACGAGUACCUGAACCCUGCCAACCCGACGGCCAUCGCCUACCACCCGCUCGACCAGGAGGACCUCGAGUACCUUCUCCGCGAGAUCGGCGUCUGGUCCUACUUUUCGCGCCGCCUCAUGGACAAGCUCUACGCGCGGAUGGAGGAGAUUGUCGACGCCGAUGACCCGCAUCCGGCCCUCCUCGCCCCGCGCGACUUCCACCGCUCCAAGCUCGUCGACUCGCUUGACGUCUCGGACAUCGACUCGGAGCCGUCGCUUGGCUCGUCGUUCACGUCCGGCUCGGACGAGUACACCUUUGCCUCGGCCUCGUACUCGGACUCGUCGUAGUGCCGUGGCCUUUACUCGACGUAAAUCUAGAGAUCCUCGUGUCCGCCAAACUCGUCAAUGAACGCAAGGUGGAAGUCAGAGAAGCGCUCGAUGACCUUUUCGAUGGCGUCCUCCUGCGGGAGGAAGGUG